UGACAGCUUGGUCACACAGAACCAGAGAGAACAGAGAACGAACGCGGAAUCAAAAUCGAAACGAAAUAAAUAAUAAUUUAAAUUUAAAAGUAGUGCUAAAUUGAAGUCGUGUGGUAUGGGCGUACAACUUGCACGUCGUUCCUUUUUAAAUACGAAAUACUAACGUGUAUUUACGUUUAUCCUCGUUGUUUUUUUUUUCUUUUGGUCAAUUCAAUUCACCUACAUCUACAAAAUAGAGAAGAGUAUAUGAAAAGUGUCAAACAAUAAUAUCAAAGCAGCGACCGAUUGGACACUAACUCUGUUUUGUUUUUUGGGGAACUCACCAGCCCAGCCGGAUAGGGGUGGGGGGAUGCCAACAUCAAAUAAAAACAAAAACAAACUUGCUGCGUGCAUUACAAUAAUAAUUGCAAAACGUUAAAUAAGAUUGCACAAAAACGCUCAAAUCGACAAAUUGAGUGGAGGUUGGUCGUUUACCCGAUACCCAAACCCAAAUAGCCAGCAUUAAACAAAACCAGGGUAUAAAACACAGUGUAACAACAACAAAAAAACACAACAAUAACAACAAAGGUUCUGCUAUCGACAUAUCGCUUGUUAUGGUGUCUCUCGUUCUCGCAUAAUUCGUCGUAUCUGAGAUUUGGCGGGGGUGUUAGUGUUGGGCAGCGCGUGCUCAAAAAACUGGCAUAUAACAACAUUUCCGCAUUUUAAACAUCAACAAUAGCACUAGCAGCGAGAGCAACUAAAUCAACAACAGCAGCAGCAGCAACAACAAAAACACGUUGCUGUUGACAGCGGCAGCGACGCAGCAGCGCCGGUCAGCGUGUGAACAACAACAACAGGGAGCGAGCGCCAAGGACAACGCUAGUGAAAAGGAACAUAUGUACAUGCAUACAUAAGCACACACAAACCCACUCACACACACACACACACAUGGACGUCCUGGAACUGCUCCGUGCGAGCGCCAACGGUGGUUACAACACAAUAUUCUCAGAUGCUUGGUUUCAAUAUGUCUCCAAGCAAAUCGCAACUACGAUGUACUGGUACGGCGCUCUGCUUGUUAUCGGCGUGCUCUUCAUCGCCUGGUUCCUGUAUUUUAAGCGUCUGGCGCGGCUGCGAUUGCGCGAUGAGAUCGCAAGGUCGUUGAGUGCCGUUACCUCAGCAUCGGGUGGCGAUCAUCGUGGCCUGCGGUUUCGCAAGCGCGACAAGAUGCUCUUCUACGGCCGUCGCAUGCUCCGCAAAAUGAAGAACGUGAGCGGACAAAUGUACAGCAGUGGCAAGGGCUACAAACGUCGUGCCGUGAUGCGUUUCGCACGCCGCAUUCUCCAGCUGCAACGUGAGAAUCGUCCGCUGGAAAUGAAGACGGUGGAACCACCGGCCGAGUACCUGGAGGAGACCAUCGAGGGUAGCGAACGUGUCCCUCCCGAUGCCCUCUAUAUGCUCCAGAGCAUACGCAUCUUUGGCCACUUCGAAAAGCCCAUAUUCCUAAAACUCUGCAAGCACACACAACUGUUGCAACUCAUGGCUGGCGAUUAUCUGUUCAAGAUCACAGAUCCCGAUGAUAGUGUCUAUAUUGUACAAUCGGGCCUAAUCAAUGUAUACAUUUGUAAUGCCGACGGCAGCACCUUGUCCCUGAAAACGGUGCGUAAGGGGGAAUCCGUGACGUCAUUGCUCAGCUUUAUCGAUGUGCUGUCCGGGAAUUCCAGCUACUACAAGACCGUCACAGCGAAAGCCAUUGAGAAAUCCGUUGUCAUCCGACUGCCAAUGCAGGCCUUUGAGGAGGUGUUCGAGGAGAAUCCGGAUGUAAUGAUACGGGUAAUCCAGGUCAUCAUGAUACGCCUACAGCGCGUACUCUUCACAGCCCUACGCAACUAUUUGGGUCUCAAUGCGGAGCUUGUGCAGAAUCAUAUGAGGACAAAGGGGAGCACAAUGCCCGGAACAGGAGCUGGUACGGCGGUAAUGUCGCAAUCAUCACAGUCAUCACGUCCGCAGCCGUCAUCACGUCAAAUCCCAUCGCCGUUGUCGCGUCAUUCGCGGGAGGAGCAUACACUGUCCGAUCCGGAUCCGAAUCCCAAUGCGAAUGCUCUUCUCUUUGCCGAGGUGCAUGGCGAUGCACCCUACAUUGAUUUGUAUCAUCAGCAACAACAAACGAGUGCCGCUUCCGUUAAUCAAACGUCAACGCGUCGCAGCUCAGCGACGCAUGCGACGAGCAUUGGUAUUGAAUCGCCCAGUUCCAAUAUCAAUCCCGGCAUCACAUCCAUUGAUCAGCGACUGGUUCAGUCUUCCGCUGUGGAAAGUCUGCGCCGUGAAUUGGGUCUCAGCGAGGAGGAUGCCCACAUCAUUGAGCCAUUUGUCGAGGUGCGUGAACUGGAACCGAAUGUCACACUCAUCACCGAAGGCAAUGCCGAUGAUGUUUGCGUGUGGUUCGUCAUGACCGGCACCUUGGCCGUCUACCAGAGCAAUGCGGAUGCCACACGUGCCACAUCCGUUAAGCAGGACAGUCGAAAUGAUAUGCUCAUACAUUUUGUGCAUCCCGGCGAAAUUGUCGGCGGACUGGCCAUGUUAACCGGCGAGGCCAGUGCCUAUACCAUUAAGGCUCGGAACAACACUCGCAUUGCGUUUAUACGCCGUGCCGCCAUCUAUCAAAUAAUGAGACAGCGUCCACGUAUUGUUUUGGAUCUGGGCAAUGGUGUGGUGCGUCGCCUGUCGCCAUUGGUGCGUCAAUGUGAUUAUGCGCUGGAUUGGAUAUUCCUGGAGUCGGGAAGAGCUGUCUAUCGACAGGAUGAGAGCAGUGAUAGCACAUAUAUUGUGUUAAGUGGACGUAUGCGUUCGGUGAUUACACAUCCGGGUGGCAAAAAGGAAAUUGUCGGUGAAUAUGGCAAGGGUGAUCUCGUUGGCAUUGUGGAAAUGAUCACGGAAACCUCACGCACCACCACCGUGAUGGCGGUGCGUGAUUCCGAGUUGGCCAAAUUGCCCGAGGGUCUGUUCAAUGCGAUCAAAUUACGUUAUCCCAUUGUGGUUACGAGGCUAAUAAGUUUUCUCAGUCAUCGCUUUUUGGGAUCAAUGCAAACACGGGGCAGUAAUACGAGUGGUGCCCCAGUGGAGGCAAAUCCCGUAACGCACAAAUAUUCAACGGUGGCACUGGUUCCCAUUACGGAUGAUGUGCCAUUGACGCCAUUCACCUACGAGCUCUAUCAUUCGCUUUGUGCCAUUGGUCCUGUGCUGCGUCUCACCUCGGAGGUGGUACGCAAACAGUUGGGCGUUAAUAUCUUUGAAACGGCCAACGAAUAUCGAUUGACAUCGUGGUUGGCCCAGCAGGAGGAUCGCAACAUAAUCACGUUAUAUCAGUGCGAUAGCUCGUUGAGUCCAUGGACACAACGUUGCAUGCGUCAGGCGGAUGUUGUGCUCAUUGUUGGACUCGGCGAACGUUCACAUUUGGUGGGCAAAUUCGAGCGUGAGAUCGAUAAGCUGGCAAUGCGUACGCAGAAGGAGCUGGUGCUUCUAUAUCCGGAAACCACAAAUGCCAAGCCGGCCAACACACUGAGCUGGCUAAAUGCACGUCCCUGGGUGACCAAGCAUCAUCAUGUGCUCUGUGUCAAACGCAUCUUUACGCGCAAAAGCCAAUAUCGCAUUAAUGAUCUCUACAGUCGUGUGCUGCUCUCCGAACCGAAUAUGCAUUCCGAUUUCUCGCGUCUAGCCCGCUGGUUAACCGGCAACUCCAUUGGAUUGGUUCUUGGGGGCGGUGGUGCACGUGGUGCUGCUCACAUUGGCAUGCUCAAGGCCAUACAGGAGGCGGGAAUACCCAUUGACAUGGUCGGCGGUGUCAGCAUUGGCGCCUUGAUGGGCGCCCUCUGGUGUUCAGAGCGCAACAUUACAACCGUUACGCAAAAGGCACGCGAAUGGUCAAAAAAAAUGACAAAAUGGUUCCUUCAACUAUUGGACCUCACCUAUCCCAUAACAUCGAUGUUCUCGGGCCGUGAGUUCAACAAGACGAUACACGAUACCUUUGGGGAUGUGAGCAUCGAGGAUCUGUGGAUUCCAUAUUUUACACUCACCACAGAUAUAACCGCCAGCUGCCAUCGCAUUCACACCAACGGAUCUCUGUGGCGUUAUGUGCGCUCCUCAAUGUCACUCAGCGGCUAUAUGCCACCACUAUGCGAUCCACAAGAUGGACAUCUUCUGCUGGAUGGCGGCUAUGUAAAUAAUUUGCCAGGUCAUCUGUGGCGUUAUUGUCGCGCCAGCAUGUCCAUUGCCGGCGUCUUUCCCCCCUUCUGUGACUAUCGCGACGGGCAUUUGCUGCUCGAUGGAUGCUAUACAAACAAUGUACCAGCUGAUGUUAUGCAUAAUUUGGGCGCCGCACACAUAAUUGCCAUCGAUGUGGGCUCACAGGAUGAUACGGAUCUGACAAAUUAUGGCGAUGACCUUAGUGGCUGGUGGUUGCUCUACAAGAAAUGGAAUCCCUUCACAUCGCCAGUUAAAGUGCCCGAUCUGCCGGAUAUACAAUCCCGUCUCGCCUACGUAUCCUGCGUGCGUCAACUGGAGGAAGUGAAGAACUCGGACUAUUGCGAGUAUAUACGUCCGCCCAUAGAUAAGUAUAAAACGUUGGCCUUUGGCAGCUUCGAUGAGAUAAGGGACGUGGGUUAUGUCUUUGGCAAGAACUACUUCGACAGCAUGGCCAAGGCGGGCCGCUUGGGGCGCUUCAAUCAGUGGUUCAACAAGGAGCCACCGAAGCGGGGCAAUCACGCCUCCCUCAAUGAAUACACGUUCAUUGAUCUGGCGCAGAUUGUGUGCAAGUUGCCGGAGACUCAUGUGCAACACGUGGCUGACAUAUUCAGCGAGGAUGAGGACUUUGAUGGCUACAUAUCGGAGCCAACGACGCUCAACAUGGAUCGUCGACGCAUCCAGGUGCCGCGUGCGGGCAACUCGCUAUCCUUCUCAGAGACUGAAAUGGACUCCGAUGUGGAGAUCGAUCUGGAGCUGGAGCGCAAGGUGGACAAGGCCACACAAUCGACGCCGCCGACGCCGACAAAACGCAGUGCAUUAACGCCGACGCCCAGUCGGACGAAUUUGGUGGCGGUGCCAUUUAAUAAUAGCGAUUCAGUGUUGAAGCAACUCGACAGGGAUCAGGCACAGCAACAGCCACAGGAUGAGGAUCAGGAUCAGGAUGAGGAACAAAAGCUGGACGAGACACUGCAACGGGACAGCAACGUGACGUUGCAAGCAGCUGCAGUUAUGGCCGAGGCGACAACACAAACAGCGCCUCCUUCCAGCGAGGAAGAUGAGCCAAAAACGGCAGCUAAAGGCAAGGACAAAGACAACGCCAAGGACAAGGACAACAAGAACGAUAAAAAGAACAAAAAGGAUAAAAAGGACAAAGACAAGAAGGCCGAAUUGAAUGACAACAAAUAACGAUACCAAAAACUAGCUAUAAACUGAAGACGCUAUCGUCUGUCUGAGAUAUAUAUAUUUUUCUUAGCUCGUAGUUACAUUGCAGGAGCAGCAAGCAGCCACCGAACUGAAGAUACAGCAAAGAUGCCAAUAAAAGAGGCCAGGAAUGAAUAAUGAUGGAAAAGAGAAUUGGCAAACAGGCAGACAGGCAGGCAGGCAGGCAGAAAAGGAGUGGGAAGCAAGGGAAAGGAAUGGAAAGGAAAGAGGAAUGUAACGACCGUCACCACCCGCCCAAAAUAAAAUCUCCGAAAUUAUGUAAUAAUGACUAAAGAAUUCGCUAUCGUUUAGUUAUAAGUGUAAAUCAAUAAUAAUAAUAAUAAGGCUUAGCUUUAGCUAAUCCCCACAAAUCUAGCUCCUUGAAAAAACUGCAAGCUCAACAGAGAAAGAGGCAGAGAAAGAGAAAGAGA